AGAGAGACAACGAGGAAGAGGAGACGAAGACGAGGCGACCAUGUUGAUUUAAAGGAAGAAGAAACACAAUAGAAGCGAUUUAUAUCCAGAAAAAAAAAAUCUGUAAUUGAAGCUUAUUGUAAAGGAAGUAGUUGAUCGAGCGCACAGUGAGCGUCCCUUGCAGAAAAACAAAGAAGCUGAGGUGAGAAGUCUAAGUUAUUGGCUUUGACUUUGAGGAGGCAACGGGUCAAUCAGACCACGACUCUCACUCUUCAGAGCCCAAGACCUGUGGUGCUGAAGGAAAGAAGUCACUCUGUUGUUGAAGGGGACCGAACUGCACGUACUUGUGUAUAUGUAAAUACUACAAAUCCACUUUUGUCAUCAGAGGACUUAAAAAAAAAAGAAUAUUGUUUGUUAAUGCUUUAUUAAACUUUUUUUUUUACUUUUGAAGAGAAUUUUUAAAAACAAAAACCUAAGACGCAAAAAUCUAAUACUUCAAAGGACAGAGGGGAAAAAAAAAAGGAGACAAAAACAGGGAAAAAUGGCAACCGCCAGAACAGAAAAUGUCGGCCCGCUCGUCAUGGGACUGAAUAAGCAGAACGGGCAGCUCAGAGGACAGACCAAACCAGCUGCAGUCCAGCCAGCACCAACAACUCAAGGAAAGACUUUGGGUGCUCCCCAGAAAGCAGGAGGUGCCUCUCAGGAUGGAGGGGGUAUAAAGUUUGGGGAUGACUGGAAAAAGAGCCUACACCUCCCUCCCAAAGACAACAGGGUCAAAACCUCAGAUGUCACGUCCACAAAGGGGAAUGAGUUUGAAGAUUACUGUCUCAAAAGAGAACUCCUGAUGGGCAUCUUUGAGAUGGGUUGGGAGAAACCCUCCCCUAUUCAGGAGGAGAGCAUUCCCAUUGCCCUAUCUGGACGGGAUAUUCUGGCCCGGGCCAAGAAUGGAACAGGGAAAAGUGGAGCCUAUCUCAUCCCACUGCUGGAAAGGAUAGACCUGAAAAAGGACCACAUACAGGCCAUUGUCAUGGUGCCCACUCGUGAGCUGGCACUGCAGGUGAGCCAGAUCUGCAUCCAGCUCAGCAAACACCUGGGAGGAGUCAAAGUCAUGGCGACCACCGGGGGCACCAACCUGCGAGAUGACAUCAUGCGUCUGGAUGAGACUGUGCACGUGGUCAUCGCCACACCUGGCAGGAUCCUGGACUUGAUAAAGAAGGGGGUGGCAAAGGUGGAUAAAGUCCAGAUGAUGGUGAUGGACGAGGCGGAUAAGCUGCUGUCUCAGGAUUUUGUGGUGCUCAUCGAAGACAUUAUUAGCUUCCUGGCCAAGAACAGGCAGAUCCUGCUCUACUCUGCAACCUUCCCCAUCAGUGUGCAGAAGUUCAUGGCCAAGCACCUUCAGAAGCCCUAUGAGAUAAACCUGAUGGAGGAGCUGACUCUGAAGGGCAUUACUCAGUACUACGCCUACGUUACUGAGAGGCAGAAAGUUCACUGCCUCAACACACUCUUCUCCAGGCUCCAAAUCAACCAGUCAAUCAUCUUCUGUAACUCAACUCAGAGAGUGGAGCUCUUGGCCAAGAAGAUCACUCAGCUGGGAUACUCCUGCUUCUACAUCCACGCUAAAAUGAUGCAGGAAUACAGAAACCGCGUGUUCCACGACUUCAGAAACGGGCUGUGCAGAAACCUGGUGUGCACCGAUCUGUUCACCAGAGGAAUUGACAUCCAGGCUGUAAAUGUGGUCAUCAACUUUGACUUCCCGAAGAACGCCGAGACUUACCUCCAUCGUAUUGGAAGAUCAGGGCGGUUUGGUCACCUGGGCUUAGCCAUCAACCUGAUCACAUCGGAGGAUCGCUUCAAUCUGAAGGCCAUUGAAGACCAGCUAGUGACCGACAUCAAGCCCAUUCCCAGCAGCAUCGACAAGAGCCUGUAUGUGGCCGAGUACCACUCAGCCAGCGGGGAUUGUGACGUGGAAGAGGUCGAGGAGAAACGCCAACAGGACAGCACCUAAAGCAGGAUGCUGGGGCACACGGGGCUUUUGCACAGACAUCAGCGCUUGUACACAGGCUUCAGGCAACUCUUCAUUUUCACAUUUGUCACUUGUUUUCAGAGCCUGUGGAAUGGAUGUCUUUAAAAAAAGAAACAAAAAAAAGGCUGUCUUUAUUUUGGAGCAUUUCCUUAGCUUUUCCUCAACAAAAGCUGCCUCAUUAUUUUAUAAAUUUAUAAGGUUAAAGUGUGUUUUGCACCAAGCUGGGACCGCGCACAAGCUUAACGUUUCAUAGAAUUGGAGAAAAAAGCUGUUUUGAACCCGUUUUCACUUCCAGCGGCAAAACUGGUCCGUUUUUUUUUUUUGUUUCUUGCUUUUUCUUAAACGUUACAGUGGUGCACUCACACCAGCCAUCACUCUGCCACUCACACUGCUGUGGUCACUUAAGUGCCUUACUUGACUCCCGUGUGCACUCAUCCAUUCAUAACCUGCUGCCGUCUGUCAGGCAGCAGAGUACGAGCACAAAGAUGAAUUAAUAGUAACCCGAGUUUAUUGAAACUUUACGCAUUAUGCAAAGGAAAAAGGACAACACACACACACACGCCGCUCUCCUGCUGAGAGGUGUGCAGAAGCACGCUCAAAACCAUCCUGAAUGUGAACGUUUAUUUUUAAUGUGAACGUUGCAAUAAAAAAAUACAUAAAAAUAAGGGCAGCUUUAUUUAAAUACUGCGUGACUGUUUGUUUUUUUUAUAAUUGUUUUUUUUUUUUUUCCCCCCUUCCACUAUGAAUAAACGUAAGCAGAGGUAACGUGAGAGGACAGCCCCCCCGUACUGAUUCGUAGAUGUUGGCUUGCAAACACACACACACAAGCAGCUGUGAUGGAGAUGAAUAGCAGCUUCCUGCUGUUAGGUUUAAGCUGCUGUCUGUGGGGUUCUUCUACAUUUAAAAAAAAAAAAAAUAUAUAUAAAAAAUGGCUGAAUGCUGUAAAUCUGCUGGCCACCGUAGCCGCUGGAUGAAAAUCUGGUUUCUUUUCCUGCACAGGACGAUGCAUCUGAGACCUGUUCAAAACAGUUGAUAAAUGCUCAGCAGGUCCACAGUUGGUGCAAAACAAUACUUUGAAUUUUCUGUUUAGCUCCCCCCCCCCUUUUUUUUUCUUUUUUAUAGUUUUAUUGAGGAAACAAGAGGUGGAAAUACGUUUAUAAGCCCUCAUGAUAAAAUUGAAGUUGGUGAAUGUAUUAGUUGCCAAUAAUGGCCGUGCAGCCCAGUGGUCGAAUGCCAAGCUUUUCAUUUUGCUGCUGCUUCAGGCUCUGCUUUAAUUAAACCAUAAACUGGAUGUGAGCUGGUUUCAUGGACCACAGAGUGAUGAAACCUGCUCAGUCUUUAAAGGACCACAUAUAAAUUCAAUUGGAAACAAUUAAACCUUUUUUUUUUUUUUUUUUUCCUGCAGCAGCAUUUUUUUUUCUCCAUGGCACA